CCAUAAAUGUAAAUACAUACAUACUAACGUUGUGCUUAACGAAAACAAUCACAAUUUCUAGAAAUAAAGAAAAGAAUACUGCAAAACAAUGGCUUCUGAUGGCGAGGAUGUCAACAUAACACCUGCCGAAUCUGUGGCCUCCGCCACGGACACCGAAGACGAGGAGUUGGAGCCACAAUUGCAUUCCGACCUGGAUUCCGAUGCGGAGGACCUGGACGUUGAAGAAGUCCCAGCCACCGCUGAAGAUGCCGAUAUGGAUGAGCUACUGCGACAGCUGGAGGACUACACGCCCACCAUUCCAGAUGCCCUGACCAUGAACGCCCUGAAAACGGCUGGUUUCUCCUCCGUGGACCCCCAAAUAGUGCGCCUCAUCUCUGUUUCUGCCCAGAAAUUCAUCUCGGACAUUGCCAACGAUGCACUGCAGCAUUGCAAGACGCGAACCACCAACAUCCAGCACUCCAGUGGCCACAGUUCCAGCAAGGAUAAGAAGAAUCCCAAGGAUCGCAAGUAUACACUGGCCAUGGAAGAUCUGGUUCCGGCUCUCGCGGAUCAUGGCAUCACCAUGCGCAAGCCCCAAUACUUCGUUUAAGUUUAGUUAUAAACAGAAUGUUCUAUAGUUAGUAUGCAAUCUAAAAUAGAUAUAUUUCCUUUCAGGGUUUUCAAAUAACAGAAAA